CGAGAAGCUGCGAAUGGAAGAUCGGAGGCAACUCGUGCGAUCUUCGUAAUGUUGAUGUCAUGCCGCUCGGACGGGUGGGCGCUGCAAGCGAAACUUUGCAAAAUGGAGUCGAUUCGAACGCUGCAUUUUCCUUGAUGGCCGCGUCUGUAAAACCGAACGCAUCUCACGAUGUCAAAAACCGUUUCGCUACAAAAGAAGGGACGUAUACGUUGAUGAACUUGUCUGAAUAUUGUAGACCAAACAGACUUCCCUAUACCGUACAACAUCCCUUUCCCGUAAGAAUAUCGUUUGUCACUUUGAAGGAGAAAGACUGCAGCACUGACCGAAUUGCUUUUAAUGUUGGUAAAGAAUUGUAUGUUUAUGUCUAUAAAGGUGUCAAAAAGGUAGGUUUAAAACCUAGGAAGGCUCAUACUUCUUCGGCAGUCGAUAUAGUUUUGUGAUUAACUCGUAUUACAACAGAAAUAUGAACCUUUCAAGUUUGGCAAAAUUUUAGUUGAAAAUUAUUUAAGUGAGUUCUGCUUGACAUGAGCGAAUUUCUACGUUUGUUGUAACAUUUUAAAGCUGAGAUUUUGUCAAAUCGAAUAAAAGCGGAAUGGAAAUGUCAAAUAGCGAAAUUUCUUUACUUGUCAAAGCCAUCUGCUUACUUUUUCAAUGUUUAUUCGAUAAUUGUCAAUCGUUGGAAACAAUUCUUUUCCAAAUAUCAAAACAAAGCAAUAUAUGCGAAUAUAUUUUCUCAGUUAGGCAAGAGCACAGAUGAAUUAAGUUUUAACCUUAUAUUUUUGUAUUUAAAAGUUAGAAUUAUGGUAAAUAAUUUUAUAUUCACAAAUUUAACAACCUUGGAAAAUGUUGAAUUGUUAGCUAAAUACUCCUUACCAGCAAAAAACACUCUCUGAUUCGAUGUCACUUAUAUUUAUGUCGUAUUGAUAGUACAAUUCCUUUUUAGUAGCAUUUAGUAUAGCCUGUCAGUGCAUUAGUUGCCGUCUGAAAUUGGGUGGAAAUGGUUUUAUUGUUUUAAUUGUUUAUCGACUGUUUGCAGUAGAUGACUUCCUUCCUAAUAUUUGUUGAAUGAGACAUUUACAGACGAAUGUGAGGGCAAGUGUAGUUUCUGUUUGGUUACAACUGUUGUGAUUGAGCAGUGUUAGUACCCAGGUUGUGUGAAGUAAAUACAAGUGAGAGUAAUAGGGUGGAGUAGGGAUUUCAAGGUUCAUCGCCAGUUACUUUGUUUAGUACUUCAAAUAUCAAUUCUGCUCUCCUUCCUCCACUCUAAGCUUUCAAACAAAUGUAUUUUUCUUCAACGCUAUAGACCUUAUUCAUAAAUCGUGAUUGAGGGCUCGUAUCCUAGGAUAUGGGAAAAUUGACAAGAUGUUUUUUUGCUGUCGGCUAUGGCAGCUUUUUUCGAAAAUAUUACGGCUUUUUUCGAAAAUAUUAUCUAUAAAACUGAGCUUGAAAGUUUAAGAAAAUAUAACAUGAUAUUUAAGCCAAAAGAUGCUGGAGUCAAUCGGAAAAGGAAACCUUUGACUUUGUAUUAUUGUCGUAGUUUGUAUGGCCAAAACAAACAACCUACAAAACGUCUACAACACCAAAAUCGUACGAAAUAUGAAACUAUUGUUGAAGAAAUAAGAUUACAACUCACUCAGGUAAUGCUGCCUUCAUUUUCUAAACUUGUAAGCUGCUUGCAGAAUGCCAAGCCACAGUUCAUAUUUUUUCGUACGAAUCAAUAACAUUUGAUGUUUUUUUUUGUGAUUUUUGACCUCUUGUUUUCUUUCAUAUUAAAUUAAUAUCAAAUUCAAAAAAUUUUACUUUCAUUCCAUAGUUGUCUUGAUUUUUCACAGAAUAACGUAUAUAAUGAUGUUAAAAUCUCAGUAAAAUUAUUGUUUUUCGCUUCUGGUUAAACACCAUCGCUACGUUGUCAUAUUUUCCACACAAAAAAACGGGAGAAAAACCGGUCGUUUUUAUAAUAUACUCAUUUACAGCUUUCAUUGUGUGCACAUAGUCUUUUAAGACUAUUGCCACAAGAAACAUUGAAUUGACAUGGUUGAUGUGCCGUUUAAUUAAAUUUCAAAUGAUGUGAGCCAACAGAUCACAACACUUUUGUAUAUAAAAAGGGCGCGUUAAUUGAACAAGUCACAUAUUAUUAGCACUGAUGAAGAUCUGGGCUUACGGAUUGAAAGCUUUGCAGUAAUAAAUUUAUGUGGUGUUUCCACAAACAAUAUAAGCUGUUAAAGCAGUUUUUGCUUGUUUUUCCACGUUUUUCUCUGUAUCCUAGGAUACAAGGCCUCGAUCACGAUUUAUGAAUAAAGUCUAUAGCCUGGUCAUUGGGUCGUUCCAGAGAAAAUCCACACUCCCCCCACAGAGGAAAUUUCUGCCUUCCGGAAGGGGAGGGGAGAAAAAAUUGUUUCUGAUAAUAGUAAAUGUGUUGGGACAUCCGAAGGGGUGGGGCGAUUAACUUCCAAUUUCCUCUGUGGGGGAUGGUAUGGAUGAUUUCUGGAAUGACCCAUUUUCAAAAACAACAUACUACUCAGGUUCAAAUUAGUUGAGGAAAAAUAAUGUGCUUCUUUUUUAAAAAAAAUGUGGCUCUAAAUUUUUAUAAAAUAGGCUCAUGAUUGUCUUGCUCAGUCAAACAUCUACUCAAUCAAACUGCAAUAAUUUAAUGAUUUGAAUACUUCUUAAACAUUGUUUGCCAUCUUUGAUAUACAAACCUAACACAUAACGUUAAUCAGUCAUGUGUUUAUCUGUCAUGAUGGCUAAAAUUUCACACCUUCCAGUCUUCAAACAUGCUGCUAGUGUGCAUGCAAAAGCACUUGUUUAUAAAUUGUAAGACAACAGAUUGACUUUGUAUGUUCAUUAAUUUAAUAGUCCCAGUCUGAUUUUUUUGCACAUCGUUUAGAAAAGCGAUGUGCAAUUUUCACUAUUUGGUCCAAAACGGUGUGUAAAUUGCACAUUGCACACAAUGCAUUGCACACUGUUAAUUCAAACCCUGAUACUACUACAUACUAUUUAAAAUUCUUGGUAUAUUAAAUCUUCACAUUAUCUUGUUGAAGUUGUGUUGCUAUCCAAUCAAUAUAUCCUCAUCACCUCAUAUCUAGUUAAUUUAGAUGACUCUAAAACUCCUUAAAUGUUCACAGUUAAGUAGCCUAUUGGAAUUUCUGACAAUCCCUAAAUUUUUCUGUUCCUUUUUUCCAAAAACAGGCUGCAGAUUUGAAUAAACAUCUUGACAAACGAGGCUACAAAGGAACAUUUCCGACAUGUCACGACUUCAACUUACCAACAAGAAGUGUUGAAUUUCUUGAACUUAUUAUUGGAUUUUCUGCUGGACAGAUUCAACUUAUUGACCCGAUUGGACAUGAAUUGAAUAAACUAUAUAAUGAGGAAGUGAGUUGACCCAUUAAGUUACAUUGUGCCCUACUUUAUUAUAAUACUCAUGGUGCUGGUCAUUUGCCAUGUGUCUAGUUAACCAAUUAAGUUGCAUUGUACUUUUUUAUUUUAUUUAGUUUUUAAUACCAAAUGAUUUCACUUGUCAAGGGGAGGGCAAUGACGCUCAGUGGGUUAAUCUGUCUAUCUGCCCAUGUGUCUAGUUAACCCAUUAAGUUGCAUUCUCCAAUGCCCUACUUUAUUAUUUUACUCAGUCUAAUACCAGAUGAUUUUACUCAUCAAGGGGAGAGCGCUGGCACUCAAUGAGUUCUGGCAAAGGGUUUAUAGUUGCAUUUUUCACAACUGUUCCUGGUUAGAUCCAGUGAACUGUAAUAACACUUCUCUUAGAGUUCACUGGUUGGAUCUAAUAAAUGUAUAAACUUUACACUCGAGCUUUUCAUCUCCAAACACUUGUACACUUAUUUUACCCUGUCUAAUACCAGAUUAUAUCAACAAAUUGUUAGUUUUUAUUCUAUAUACACAGUCUGCUAAUGGAAUAUUUUAUUUUAGCGACAAGUAGACAAAGCAUCUGUGAAGUGCAUCAAAUGGAUCCCAGGAUCUGAGAACUUAUUCCUGGCUGCGUACGACAGCGGCAAUAUGUAUGUAUACAACAAGGAGAACCCCGCCUCCCCGGAUUCCCCCACAUUCUCCCUUCUCAAACAAGGACCAGGUUUUCAAAUCUUUGGAAACAAAACAAAGACUCUGGGGAACCCCGUUUGUAAGUGGACAAUCGGCAAGGGGAGUAUUAACGAGUUUGCUUUCUCACCCGAUUGUAAACAUCUGGCUGUUGUUAGCCAAGACGGCUAUCUGCGAAUCUUUGAUUUUGAUGGGCAAUCGUUAAAUGGAAUAAUGCGAAGCUACUUUGGUGGAUUGCUAUGUGUAUGCUGGAGCCCAGAUGGGAAGUAUGUCGUCACGGGCGGCGAGGACGAUUUGAUAACGGUGUUCUCGUUUUAUGAGAACCGUGUUAUUGCCAGGGGGGUUGGACAUCAGUCUUGGGUAGGGAUGGUACGAUUUGACCCCUACCUAACAAGCGUCAGUGGUGGUGGUACGUUGGAUGAUAGCGAUGAUGAAGGGACGGAACAGGAUAUCCGAAACUCUACUUAUAGCGAACGACAUAGUACCGUUGAUAUGGAUAGACCUAAUGCGUCUUACAGAUUUGGCUCAGUCGGCCAAGACACAAUGUUGUUACUAUGGGACCUUACUGAAGACGUCCUUAAACCAAUAAAGCCAAGAACUCGAAGUUUACGGACACAAAGUUCACACUUGGGCAACAAUGUCCCUAAUGGACCUUCCAAAGAAGUGAAUCAUAUUAGAAACUAUAUAACCACACACAAUUUAAGUUCGUCAGUUGAACAGUUAUUAGACCUGGAUGAUAAAUCAUUUGGGUCAGUUAUUUGUCCCGUAUUUGACGAUGUUCCGCAGUUGGAGCCGCUGGUUGCAAAGAAAAUCUCAAUGGAGAGACUUUGUGGGUUAGAGUUCCGAGAGGAUUGUUUGAUCGUUGCCUGCCAGGAGGGUUAUAUCAGUACUUGGGCAAGACCUGGCAAAGCUGUAAGUUGGAAUGUAAACCUCUACAAAUAUGUUCAUUAACAAUGCCCUUGACUUACCUAGACAAUGUUUUCAAUGUGAAAUGCUUCAAAAACAACUCAUCAGUAUUCUUUAUAUACCUAAGAACAGUGUUUUAUCAGAUGUAAAGUUACUACAUGUAACAUGUUGGCAACUGAACUAAAUUUAAUAUAAUAAUAAUUUUUAUUGAGGAAACUUUUUCAUAUUACAUGAUUUUCAAAACUUGUACUGGAUAGGUUUAUCAGUUCUAAAGUGUUUCCCCUGGAGGUCCAUCUGGAGGUCCAUCCUCUAGUAACCCCUUAUUGCUCCAGUGUUACUGCAGGGGGGGGGGGAUAUCAGAGUACUCAGAGAAAACUCUACCUGUGGUAUUUGGUAAAGCCAAACUGGAGAAAAACAUGAUCAGCCAAUUGCAUGAAUCAAACCCCAACAGUUCUUGACAACCAGGGCCAUACACCGGAUUUUUCCAGGGAGGAGUGUAUUAUGGCAAUAAUACCUAUAAUACCUUUCUCGGGGAGUGGUGGGAGACUUGCCCCCCCCCCCCCCACUGUGUAAGGUGGCAACUAUUCUGGUUUAGUUACAUCAACAGCAACAUUUUUGAACUGUAAUCAAAAUAUUGCUUUUUUCUCUUUUGUAGACAAGCCCUGGGACGGUGGUUUAACAAUCACUAUUCAUGACUGAUCAGAAAUGAAUUCAAUUUCAUGUACUUGUUGUAUAAUAAAUUAUAGUUAGUCAAAAUAUCAUUUGAAAUUUGAGUUUCUUUGCUGGCGUUCGCGACUCAAUAAUUUGCGGAACUAAUAGAUUGCCGAAACAUGGUAUUAUACGCGUAGCUUCAACUUUAUUAGGGAGCUUUAAAAGCAAGCGACGUUCUUGUCAACAAGGACAUCAAAUUGCCGAGGGGGGACUGGAAUAAAAACUCUGCUUGUGUCAGUUUGUGGUAAUCUUCGACACACAUGACAAAACAUAAGAUUUUUAAAGUUUUUUGCUUCUUUACACGAGCGCUAAGAUGCAAAAUGCCGCCAAAAUGAGUUACACCAAUUUUUGGGUGACGUUCGUGAUGGCAAAAACGUCACUUGCUCGAGCUCACUAAUGGGUUUUUUGUGCAAUGGUACAAUUCAGAAACUGUGGAAAUGAACUAAUGCCUUGCUUAAGGCUUAUUUUCCACUAUAUGACUAUGUGAAUGUUUUGAAUGUGGUGAAAAUCAAUUUUCUUUAAUUCACUAAAGAAAGGCGAGCAAAACCCAGCGUGGUGCAGAUGGAGGUCGACCAGUGUUGUCAGAGUGAGAAAACCAUUCUUUUCAUUGUGAAAACCAUUCUUUUCAUUGUAUGUAGUGCUCUUGUAUUUGGAGGCAAAUAAAACGAACUACGAUGUAUAGUGGCGAAGCUAGCCAUGCCGACUGGUCAUCGAAAUAGGUUAACGACUAGCUUUGUCACUGUGUAAAGUAUAAGUGUCAACCACUGAUGGAUGAUGUCAACAUUUCUGAAAUUGGCCAUCUCUGCUGCCCCGCAACCAGCUUGCCAAUGACGUCAAAUUUGACAAUAAGAAACUUGUGUAAAAAUAUGAAAAGAUUAA